CAGCGCCAUCCCAGCCGAAAAUCUUUCUUCUUCGCCGCCGAACCGCCAAAGCGUCACUCUCGACAUCCCUCGGUUCCUUCUCCCUUCCCUCAUCGGUUUCUCACCGAGCAGUUUUGGCAGCCGGUUCGAUCGCUCCAAGGUCGCAAAGACUCGAUACUUUGUUGAACAGUCGGUGGCUGGUGUUGCGUUUGUGUGCCAUGAGGAAUCACAAGAAGUUGCUGCAGUUCCUGCGGCCGGAUCCGGCGGUGGCGGCGACCAGCGAAGACGGGUGCUCCCCGCUGCCGUCGCCCACGACCACCAGCGGGAGCGCGAGCACGUCGGCCACGGCGUCCCCGUCGCCGUACGUCGCGUCGCCGUGGGUCAACCUCCCGGGGCUCGGCGCCGGGGCGGCGCUGACGGCCGGCGCGGCGGACGAGACCGGGCUCCUGGGGUCGUUCGUCAAGGAGGACGGGCACGUGUACUCGCUCGCCGCGGCCGGAGACCUGCUCUACACCGGCACGGACUCCAAGAACGUGCGGGUGUGGCGGGAUCGGCGGGAGUUCGCGGGGUUCCAGUGCGGGAGCGGGCUCGUCAAGGCCAUUGUCGUCGCCGGGGACGGCAGGAUUUACACCGGCCACCAGGACGGCAAGAUCCGCGUGUGGCGCGCGUCCGCGGACGACCCCGCCGUGCACAAGCGCGUCGGCUCGCUCCCGAAGCUCGGGGAUUUUCUCAGGAGCUCCGUCAGGCCGUCGCACUACAUCGAGACGCGCCGCCGGCACAGCUCCGUCUGGCUGCGGCACUUCGACGCCGUCUCGUGCCUCAGCCUGGACGCCGACGCCGGGCUGCUCUACUCCGGGUCGUGGGACAGGACCUUCAAGGUGUGGCGCGUGUCCGACUCGCGGUGCCUCGAGUCGGUGCGCGCCCACGACGACGCCGUCAACACGGUGGCCGCGGCGGGGUUCGACGCGCUGGCGUUCACCGGCUCCGCGGACGGCACGGUCAAGGUGUGGCGGCGGGAGGACGGCAAGGGCGGCGCCACGAGGCACGUCAUGGAGCGGGUGCUGCGCAAGGGCGAGAGCGCGGUGACCGCCAUCGCCGUGGCGGCGGAGGCGCGCGUGGUGUACGUGGCCUCCUCGGACGGGGCCGUGACGCACUGGCAGUGGCGGCGCGGAGCCGACCGGGAGAGCGCGCCGAGGAACGGCGGGGCGCUCCGCGGGCACAAGAUGGCCGUGCUGUCCCUCGCGGUGGCCGGGCGCGUCGUCGUGAGCGGCUCCGCCGACCGGACGAUCUCCGUGUGGCGGCGCGACGAGGGCGCGGACCACUCCCGCCUGGCCGUGCUGAGCGGGCACACGGGGCCGGUCAAGUGCGUGGCCAUGGACGAGGAGGAGUCCGUCGACGCGGACGGGCACCGGCGGUGGGUGGUGUACAGUGGCAGCCUGGACGGGUCGGUGAAGGUGUGGCGCGUGUCCGACGCGCCGGGCGCGAUGACGGCGCGGACGCCGGCGCACGUGUGGAAGGGCACGCCGUCGCCGCUGGGCGCGUGGACGCCGUACCGGGCGCCGGAGCGGAGCUGAACAAGGCCCGUCUGCGCGUGCAAUGCAGAGCACGCACGUGUAAACCGUGUGGCCGUGCGAGAGCCUACGCUGUAGAUACGCGUACGUGCAACGUAGUAGAAGAGAAUCGUACGCACACCGUAUCUAGGUAUACGUAUACGGUGUGGCGCAUGCUGAUUUGUUAUUUGUUUAUUUGUUCGUUUGUCCAUUUUGGUGUCCCCUGAAAUGGACGGCUGCGAUGUGGACUCAUGAGUGCCGUGUGGUGGUGAUUUGGUCGGUGGAGACUGAGAGGUCGAUUUGUACAAUCUCGACUAAUAAGCAAAGGAAUUGCUCGACUUUUGGAGA